ACAUGCCAUCCGGAUGACAUAAACACCAACACCCCAACAACCAUCAGAAGACUGACAACAACAUCCUGGUGCUUGGUGCUUGAUCGAUCCCGGUACCUGAAUGCUCUAAGGGGGAUGCAUUUGUCUUGCAGGUGAUCUUCGACUUUUGCCUUGCCCAUCAUGAGACCACCGGUGCCGGACCUCGCGGUACCGCGAUCUCGCAAAGCCUCGCUCGAGCAGCAGUGGACCGAUCCCCGCAGUGCGGCCCCCGCUACCUUCUUUCUGGCCCGCAGUCAUGAUACCGAUGGAGAGAUUUCUCCCGACGAGAUCGAAGCUCCCACGGAACAUCUGUACGGAGUACAAAGCCUUGAGGAGGUAGUCACUCCAAAGGAGUUUUCUUCGGGCUCAUCUUCGACCCGUCAGCCUUUGGUUCAGGAUGAGGAGGAGGAGGAAGAGGAGGAGCGUGAAGUCCGCCAGACUAUCCGUCGCAGGUCGACCUUGAAGCCCUCAGAUAUGCUUACUACUAACUCCGUCAAAUCUUCCCGAUUCCCCCUUGAAGAGCUCUCCUCUCGACCUCUCACGCCUUUGACUUUUGACCAUCCAGAUGACCACUCAUCCCUUCCGAGCAGUCCCCGGUCGAUCUCUAAUCAUUCCAUACCGCAUCUUGAUGACAUUUCGAUUGCCGAUGAUCUUAGCAGCCAGGCCGUAGCUUCGGCGGAGGAGGACGACGACUAUCGCUCGACGCAUAAUCCUAUUUCCGACAACACCUCCCAACUUAUCAUGCCAAGUAUCAAGAUGCCCAGUCGGAAACCCUUCACGGAUCGUGGGAAGGCUCUGGGGCGUUUGAAGGUGCUCGUCGCAGGUGCCCCAGGCUCGGGAAAGUCCUCGCUCAUUCAAUCUAUAUUCCAAGCCUGCGAAGACAUCGUACAUAUGGACGAUUUCCCCUCUGUGUCCCCCUCGAGGAUUUUACGGUCUCUCACACCCUCUCAAGCAUCUCAUUCCUAUCAGUUCUCACAAGCGGCCACCGCGGAGAUUUACGCUAGUACCAAGCCCUAUCCGUCGUGGUGGUCAGAUCUGGAGGAUUCACGCGUACUUCGGCGGAGGAAAAGCACAGGUGACAUUGUCCUCGAGCGCAACAUCUGCUUUGUUGAUACUCCAGCCACUUCCAUGGGUCGAUCGGAACAGACUGAGUCUAUCAUACAAUAUAUCCGCCAGCAACUUUCUCGAGCAACAACCGCCAUCAGUGCCAUGAACCAUGACUUCCAGAACUUACUUGCUGGUAACGGCGGAACGCAAGUCGAUGCCGUACUCUAUCUCAUAUCCGAAGAAACGCUUCUUGCGGAUAUGGAGUGCAUCCGAAGGCUUUGUGACUGGACUAAUGUUAUUCCCCUUAUCGCCAAAGCAGAUCUUCUGACUCACGGAGACAUCCUUGCCCUAAAAUCUUCUUUCCAUAAGCAGGCUCAGACCCUGUUAGUCAAACCUUUCCUUCUAGGCAGUCCCAGCACAGAUUCGGAAGAUUAUGACGGCUACCAUGGUAUACCUUUUGCGGUAUCGUCCGCGAAAGCCAGUAAUGACGAGGUAAUGGAUGCCAGCACCCUUAUGAGCCCAGACUAUGUUCAGCCUUUGGUGCCUUCGGAACUCAUGUUGCUGGUUCAACGGAUAUUCGAUGGGGAGAACAUUGCCUGGAUGCGACAUUCAGCCGCAAAGAAGCUAGCCCUUCAGCAGCAGAAACAACCGUCGCAGGAGCAUAGCCACCUGCCUCUUAGCGCCCUUACGGUUACUCACAGUGCCCGUCGGAGCUCUCCCACUUACACCAUGGCUCGGCUGGCCGAUCACACCCGUCAAGAGGAGGGGUUGGCUCGUGUGCAGCUGGCCAAGUGGGCCUCGGAUCUGCAGCAAAGCCUGCAGAACGAACGAGAGCGAUACGCUGCGAUGGCCCGGGGCGAGCGUGCCAUUUGGCUCACGGAACGCAUUGGGGAAUGUGUCGUAGAAGGAUCAUUAAUUCCGAUCACGCAAAGCCCAGGCUUCUGCGGCCUCCAUGGGCCUGCGGAGAAAGGCAGUGGCAGCGGGGUGAUCCUUCGUACAGCCAACGGACAUAACGUGGAAUAUCAGGUUGCCCGCCUCAGUUCGCAGGACCCCCUCGGCGUCGUCCGGUGGUCAGAGGAUCUCAGACGACGUGGGUGGACCGUCGUCCAGAUUGUGGGGAGCUUCGGGGUUGUUGGCGGGCUUGCGUUCUGCCUAGCAAAAGCCUGGGGAUUCCCCUCGCGCACUCUGUGCGAAUGGCACCUGGACUGGUAUAAUACCAGCAAUUAGGCAUUCCUCCAAUCAGGGCCGAUUCACAGCCCUACCUACCUUAUGGCUGUUUUGGGGUCCUAUUCCCUGAAUCCCCCGCUCCCUAAUCCCAAUGUCCCCCCCGAUCACGGCCUUGAAGGGCGUGUUCUUUCCCUUCCUCUUUGCCAGCCAUUCACCCCUACGGCGAAGGCUCCCCUUUCUCUCCAUCACAUAUCCUCCGUCUCACGAUUCGAUUGCGGCGUUCCUGGGUUCGUGUUGUGUUUUAAUUUGCUAGGCCAUAUGCCGCCCCAUUCCCUGCAUCCUCGUUUCCUUUCUUGAUACCGAACUGUUCGUCCCUUGCUUUUAUACAUUUAUAUAUAUAUUAAGCGUAAGUAUGACCCAGCCCUGAUCUUCUCACAGCACAACCACACAGACCGGAGUUGGCAUUUCCAAGCAACCUAUUCCUCCCUCCCAAAUACUUCCAUGCAAUGCAUCCUAUUCGUCG